AUGGGUCUGGAGGAGCUGUUGCUGCCAGGCUUUAAAGCAAAUCUGUCUCUUCUGAGGCGACCUGGAGAGAAGACUUAUACCCAACGUUGCCGUCUCUUUGUGGGCAACUUGCCUGCUGAUAUUACAGAUGAAGAAUUCAAAAGAUUAUUUGCUAAAUAUGGGGAGCCUGGAGAGGUUUUUAUCAACAAGGGGAAAGGAUUUGGAUUCAUUAAAUUGGAAUCCAGAGCACUGGCUGAAAUUGCAAAGGCAGAACUUGAUGAUAUUCCUAUGAGAGGCCGACAGCUUCGUGUUCGUUUUGCUACACAUGCUGCUGCUCUUUCUGUGCGUAAUCUUUCGCCCUAUGUGUCCAAUGAGUUACUGGAGGAAGCUUUUUCACAGUUCGGUCCAAUUGAAAGAGCUGUUGUGAUUGUAGAUGAUCGUGGCAGAUCAACAGGAAAAGGCAUUGUUGAAUUUGCAUCUAAGCCGGCUGCAAGAAAAGCAUUUGAACGGUGCAGCGAAGGUGUAUUCUUGUUGACCACUACUCCUAGGCCAGUUAUUGUGGAACCGCUUGAACAACUGGAUGAUGAAGAUGGUCUUCCAGAAAAGCUUGCUCAGAAGAAUCCAAUGUAUCAAAAGGAGAGAGAAACUCCUCCCCGCUUUGCUCAGCAUGGCAGUUUUGAAUUUGAAUAUUCACAGAGGUGGAAAUCUUUAGAUGAAAUGGAAAAACAGCAGAGAGAUCAGGUGGAGAAAAAUAUGAAAGAUGCUAAGGACAAGCUUGAAAGUGAAAUGGAAGAUGCCUAUCAUGAACAUCAGGCAAAUCUCUUGCGUCAAGAUCUUAUGAGGCGUCAGGAAGAAUUGAGGCGUAUGGAGGAACUUCAUAAUCAGGAAAUGCAGAAACGCAAGGAAAUUCAGCUGAGGCAGGAGGAAGAACGUCGUAGACGGGAAGAGGAAAUGAUGAUUCGCCAGCGUGAGAUGGAAGAACAGAUGAGAAGACAGAGGGAAGAGAACUACAGUAGAAUGGGUUACAUGGAUCCAAGAGAGAGAGACAUGAGAAUGGGUGGUGCCAGCACAAUGAACAUGGGAGAUCCAUAUGGUGCAGCAGCUCAGAAAUUCCCACCUAUGGGUGGUGGUGCCGGCAUAGGUUACGAAGCCAGUCCUGGUGUUGGCCAGCCAGCCAUGAGUGGUUCUAUGAUGGGAAGUGACAUGCGUGCUGAACGCUUUGGGCAGGGAGGUGCGGGACCUGUGGGUGCUCAGGGUCCUAGAGGAAUGGGGCCUGGAACACCAGCAGGAUAUGGUAGAGGGAGAGAAGAAUAUGAAGGCCCAAACAAAAAGCCCCGAUUUUAGAUGUGACCAGUAGAGUUUCAUUCCAGUUUGUUUUUGUCUGCCUUGUUUAGACACCAACUUUUUAAUUCUUGCAUUUUAGUAAGAAAGCUACAUUUUUAUGGAUGUUAGAAACUAUUGACCUAAAAUUUGUAAGUGGUCUGUUUGGAUGAGUAAAAUUUAAUUAUGUAAUGCAGUGUUUCAAAAAAAUUAGCUGUUUUUUUGAUGUAUAACAUCCCUAACUUGAUGGCAGUGUACCAACUUUUUUUUACUGUGCUUCAAAUAAAUAGAAUACUAAAUGUAGUUACUAUUCUGAUCUUAAACUUGCCAUUCAUGGUUUUAAAUGAGGCUAAAUGCCAUAGCGUUCAACAUAAAACAAAUGAGACUUGGAUUAGAGGUCUGAUUUAGACCAGGAUGUGGAAAAGUAGUUAAGGGGGAGGCCUCCCAUUAUGGCUCAAGCUUUAAGUUUGAGUCAAAGAAUUAGUCUCAUAAUUGAUCUUCAAAUGGAUACUGAUUUUUCAGAGGGUUCAUUAUACUGCAGUAAGGAAAUAAAUGGCAAUUUUUGCAAGCAUUGUAAGAUGAAGUAAUGGGAGCAAAACUGCAAAUGAUGCUGCAGUCAUGUAAUGAGCUUUGGAUUUUAACAAUUGAGGGGGUGGGAUGGUGGCAGAGAUCUCUUUGGCAGCCACUGCUUGAAAUCUUGUAAAGACUUGAAGCAGAAGUUGAAAAGGUCACUUUUUAAAAUCCACAGAAUGGCUUGGAUUGACAGACUUCCCAAUUAAAGGACUGUUACCGUGACAAUGUUUUUAUAUGUAAGUUGUCUGAGAUGCAGGAUUUGCUGGUUCAAUAUUUAAUACGUAACUGAAAUUGCUUGGCAAGAAGACCAGGAAGUAGUAUUUCAGUGAAACGGAGAAUUUUUUAAAUUUACACUCUGACUUUAGUCCGAAUGCUAAUUUGAGAGGACUAAUUCUAGAGUUCAGGAAUCAACCAGGAUAAAUGUCAGGGGUCUGUAAAAACUCAAGUCAUCUUAGAUCUUGUGGUAUAUGUAAAUCCUAAAAUACAGCAUAUUAAAUUCAGAUAAAUAAAUAACUUCUUAUACUGUAGCAGGGGAUUCUCAGCUUCUUUUUUGAGUCAUGCCCUAUCUUAGCAUUCCUUUUCAUUUGGAGCCUCUGCUGACAAUGUGCCAGGUCAUGUGCCACGUAUUCAAGUUGGCUUAACUCACUGAGGGGUUCUCCUGGUAUCAGAACCCCAAUUCUGAUAGUCAUAUUUUGAUACAGUUGGAAGGCAAGAGUAGGAGUUCAGUAGCUAAUCCUAUAUAUUAGGAAUAAACCCCUCUAAGAUUGACAGGAGAUUUGAUGAAUUUAGGUUGCUGUCCAAUUCAUUAAACCCCCCCAUAAGAAUUCAAGGUAUUCUGGACUCUCAUAUUAAUGUAGUUACUCUAUUACCGUGGUUAUACCUGACAAGCUGGGAGCAUGGCUUCCCAGUGCAAAAUGCCUUGGUGUUAAGGCAGGAUAAUCAGCCUGCUUGUGCAAAGUUGGUAGACUUACUUGGUAUGACUGUAUUUUUACCUGGCUCCCAAAAUGUUGAGCAUUCUGUGAAUAGCUUUAAUUGUUGAAGGUCUUCCCACUAUUUGUGCUAAGCAUUGGCUAAUCCUAAAUUCUGUGUCUAUAUGGAUAAAACUUCAGUAUCUAGGUUUCAUUAUCUUGAAAUACAAACAGUCCCUCUUCAGAAGUGAGCACUUGUUUAAAUGCUGACAAACUUCAAAUGUAAAAUACUGGCAAGCUGUGAAAUGGUGGUACCAGGUGUGUGACUAAAUAUUAAGUGUUGCAAUAGACUCAGCCGGUUUGGCAAAUCUGUUCACAUUUUCCCAGAACUUUUAAAGAUGGUUGACACUAUACUGCUAUGAAUUGAAAUGUAGGAAAUCUUGGGUCAACAGUUCUUAAACUGGAGAGCAUGUGUCUGGAGGUAUUCCGUAUGGGAUUCUUAGUUUGAAAUCAGCAGUUCAAUUUUGUAUGAAUUUUUUUAGUAAGGACUCAAAUAUUUUCAAAAGGGUGCUUUUGGACACCCACAGUGGGUGAAAGUCUGAGGUGGGGAACUCUGAACGUAAACAUUAAAUUAAUUUUUUCAGUUUAUUUUUCAGAUUACAUGUCAUUAUUAAAGAGAUGCUGGCACAUAUCCUAAAAUACUUUCCUUUGUAGUACUGUAACUUUGAAGAGUGAAGGAAUCUGAUGUCAUUACCUUCCAGAGGUUUUCUUUUUGGUACCCCUGUUUGUAUGUAAGCUGUUGCUAGGUCUUAAAUAGACCGCUUGCUAAACUAUGUUUAGCAUGCAUAUACUGAAAGAUUCAGUGGCUUCUACAACAUGGAAAUAGUUUUGUUAAACAGUGUAACCAGUGUUGUAGCUACAUAAGCAGACUUUUAAAAACAAAAUCAAGUCCUGCUUUGAGUUGCAUGUGUUAAACAGGCAUAAAGUAGCUUCUAACAAAUUUUAUUUCAAAACCUUUUUAAAGUCACAAUCUUAAGCUGACAAAUGUAAGAAUUUUUAAAAAUUGAUACCCAGUUAAGUUGGUGGGGGAGGUGGUUUUAAGGGUUUGUCAUGUGUUCCUUCGGUCUGUCCCUAUGGUUCUGUGGCUCUGGAGUCUUCAAGUCAGGUGACUUAGAUUACUGAAGUAAAGGGUUUUCAAAUCAUUAAGCCCUUGGUGUGGCAAGACCCAUUUCCAGAUGGUCUAGACCAUGUCGAACAUCUUUUUUCUAUUGGACUUGGAGAAAAUACUGGCUUUUGCAAUUCAGUCUGCUUUAAUUAAAUUGAGCCCAUUUAAACUUCAGUUUGAGUUACACAGCCUAUAGAAAUGGGUAUCCUUUUGCAUGUUUUCACCCUUCCUUAAAAAUGAAUACAGAGCAUAUCUACAAUACUAUGUAGAUACAUCAUAUCACCUAAUAGAAACACAGCUUAUGAAAAAUUGAAACUGCUUUUGUGAGAUUUUGUGGUAUUUUUAUGGUAGAAAAAUUCUUGGCUUCUUCUUGGCGGCAACCACUUACUGUGGCAGCAAGUUUUUGCUGGAGUUUUUGAGACUGCAAUUUUACACUCUUAAAAGUAGUGGCCUGCUACAUAACUGCACUUAGCCAGCAUUUCUGCAGUGCAUAACUGUGAGGAACGUAGUACCACAAAUGGCAAUGGACAUUAGGACCCGGAUGUAGUAUUCCUGCUUGCUCCGAGAUUCUCAUUGCCGACUGCAUACAGGUAGGUAACAAGCAAUAUAAUAUCACUUGGUGACUUUCUGUGUAACCUUAUUCUGUGGGUAUUCUGACAUCACACUUCCGACUAUGAAAUUACAGUGCAGCACUCUCCAUACUUGUAUAACGUUUGGCUUGCAUCAAAGUUGCGUGUCUUUCGGUUUUAAGCUAUAUCUCUCAGCAGCAAUAAGCAACUUAUUGCAAUUCUUAGAUAAAUAUCUCAGACCCGAUUCCUAUGUACAUAUAUGACUUGUCUUAUGUGGAUUUUCUUAAGUACAUUGUAAUGAAGCUAUUCGUAGGUGAGCUCUGUGGGGACGAGGGAAUGUGAUUUUUAGAAUUUAACUGGUCAGCUAGGUGCUAUUUGCACCUAGAAAAACUGGUUUGUAUUAACUUUCUGUAGUGACACAAUAACCCAUCUGCAGUGCAUCCCUUUGUAGAGUCUUGGCUAUUUAGAAAAUGGUAAUCAUGGCUCUAGCCUUCAGCGAACUAGGUGAUAAAAAUGUAAAGCUCACUGUAGUGAGCUUUAAGACUGUAAAGCUGGGUGUGUAAGUACUUCUCAGGUCAUAAAUUGCCUUCAGCUAUCUCCAUUAUUAGUUUUCAGGGUUUAUCAACUUCAGAUACAUUUGUUUUACAUGUGAUCAUGACACAUGUUCAGUUAAAGGCAGCUGACUAUGUUGGGAAUCUCUGGAUUCCUGUCUUUAAAUAUUCAUCUUAGUGAACAUACUGAUCAAAGUAGCAUAAUUUUUCAUCGAUCUUUGAGUGUGUGCUUAUUCUAAAUUCCUCACUGCUAGAAAUACCAGCUAUGGUGUUUCAAAAGAUUAUAUACCUAAAUGUUUCCAUACUUAUAAAUGUGGUGACCUUCUGCUCCUAUCCGCUUUGUUGUGCUAGUUAGCUGUAACUUCAGAGUCUGGACAUCAUGUUUCCGUAUUUCAUCCCCGAUCUAGUUCUUGGUAAAGCAUCAAAUCUUUCACAGAGGUAUUGCAAGGGUUUUUUCUACUUGAGAUGCAAAGUUUUACUUUGCAUUCUUGUUUCUGGUGUACAUUUUUGUCAAAUUUGGACACUGUACUUUUGUAUUGUAUCUUCAAAGAGAAUCUUACUCAUUGGUACGCAGUUAACAAAAAAUAGGUAAGAGGCUUGCUUGCCUCUGCUGUUUGUAUUCAUGUUCUUUUGAAAAACCAAAGUAAUUUCUGCACUUCGUAACUCUCAGACAGUAACCAUUCUUUUAGUUAUUGCCAGUGACUUUUAAAGUUUUCUGUGAAUAAAAUUCAGCAGUGAAAUUGGCAGCAUAUUUCUGUGAAACGGCAAGAAUUAGAUUAUUAGGUGUCUCUAAACCAACAGUCAGAUCUGUUCAGUUUUGCCUGUGUGAGUAUUCACUAGACACACAUGACGUGUCGUCUUCAAGAAUAUCAUGGAGGGGUUAUAUGGACACAUCUGCCUUCUGCAUACUUGAAACGUUAAAAGGGUUUUGACAAUUGGAGCAAGCAAUUUGUGACUAAACAAUGGGGUUCAUACUAGCUGUGAUUUGUCUGCAGUAACAGUUUAGUGCAGGAGGUCUCUUAAAAAUGUAGUCUUAUCUAUUUUAAGCAAACAACUUGUAAUAAGUGGGUGUGAGAAAUAACAGUACACUGAAGUGCUUGCAUUGUGUUUCAUCUUGGUUUUCUUUUUCACUAUGAAUUAUACUUUUCCCAAAAGUUUAUCUGAAGCUCAGAAGUGUGGUGCCAGAAUACAUAUGCGUACCUGUUAGAUCAGAUGCCGGUGCUGUCAGCGGAGAGCACAGCACAGUGUAGCAUAUGGGGGCUUUUACUGUAACAUUAAGCAUACCAAGUGUCUCUUGCUUGCAGUUUCCCCAAUAGCAAAAGACUGAACAGCUAAAUAUUUAGGCCUGUGAGUAGUCUUAGGACUUCAGUGGCAUUGGGGUUGCAUGUCUGUUAAUCAUUGCCAGCUGCAGUGACAGGAUCAGGAAGGCCUGUGCUUUUGUAACAUGUUGAGGCUAAGCAUGUUGAAGAAAUUGCAUAAAUAGUGUGCUGUUUUGGACUGUUACUUGGCUUCCACUACUAGCAAUGCUGGAAUCAACCAGUUUCUGAUUUCUCUCCAUACCAGCUAGUGGGGUUUUAAAUGGCAGCCUGCUGGACAAGAAAAAAGGGGAGGAUUGGCCUUCUCCCACAUCUGUCAUUGCUGCUAGAUAAUGAUUGACAAGUUAGGAUUUGACUGUGCAGUCCCACAGUGGGCUGUGAAUACCCCAUCUAUAAAUGUUUUUGAACACCAGUACUGAAGAGCUAACUGGGGAAAGAGGGUGGUGGCUAUAUGAGUGCAUAAUCUGGAAUGCUGAAAAGAUGCACAAAGAUAUAGUAUCCCUUAUGCAUGGUGUUUGGUGCUGCAGCAUAGAAAAUAAUGUGCAUACUACAUUUUUCUAUUGUCAGCUUAGUACGGUGUUGACACUGAAUUAUAAGAGGUGGGGCUGAGCUUAAAUUUGGAUUUCUCAUCCAUUUGGCUGGCUAAGUAGCAUUGUGAAGGCAGUGUGCUUUGCCUCCAACUAAGUGUGCACAGAGCUUUGUAUAGACUUGUCCCUAGCUGCUGAUGAGUAGAUGACCUUCAGCCCCUUGCAGCAUUCCCUCAAUAUAGCUGUAGUGAAAGGCUUAAUAUGCAGGGGGGUGGAAUCCGACAUAGAACAAAGGUAAUAAAAAGCACAUGACAAACUCUAGUGUCGUCCUUUGAUGUGCAGUGCACUGGGAGGAUUCUUGGGCUGGGCACAGCUAGUGUUCAGGGACACUUUGCUUCAUCCAUAUGGAAUGUGGAUUACUACAGAUAAGCCAAACUAUGGUUAAAAUAAACUAGUGUAGUUUGACAGUUUUAUAUACCUUCACAUAAGGGAUAGUAUACCUCUGACUGCAAUCAAACUUCAUUGUACUCAGACUGGUGAAGCUAGCUGUUAUGGCUUGGUGGUUAGAUUAGGUGCAGUACUUCACGCAACCACCUGCAUAUUCUUUACUUUCUUAAAGGUGUGUAGACCAGCCUACUUUUGCCCCUUAUACUAUUUCCACUUAGCAUUUUGGAAUAAUUCGUAAAUUCCCUCACUAAUCAGUCCAUGUAUCAAUUAAACCUUUACUUUUAAACAUUAGAAGUUUGUAAUUGGUUAGAACUUUUGUUUUCAGAAACUUUCGUUCAUGUACUUUUCUUAUAAUAACUUCAGUUGUUACCCUUUAGGUGAAGAUGAUGCAAGCAGCGUGAAACCAGUGUGCUCAUCCAUGUGAACAGUAGAGCCUGAGCACAAUCCAGAAUGUGAUGUCAGGUGAUAUGGAGAAGCCUGCUGCAAGGUGAAUGGAACAAAGAUAAGCCAUUUGAGGCUUUCCAGCUCUUCAGCAUCAAUAAACCUUGCCCAAUGAACACUGCAUACAGAUGCUCAAACACAAACAAGGAACUGGGGUUAAUUUCAAGCACCGUAAGAGAUUCAUGGUGCAUUAGGCGGAAAGGUUUUGGGCAGAUGGCGUAACAUUUGAAUAAAACAGCUAACUAAAAUAAACUUGAUACAAAUAUAUUGAUUCUGCUUUUAAUCUUCAAAUCCUUUUACAAACAAUUGAACUUCACAGCACCCAGCAAGGUAAGUGAAUAAAUAUACCGGUUUUAUAUGCGGGUAGCAAGCGGGGGCCAUAAAUUGGAAUUUGCAGAGCUGCAAUUAAACUAAAACUUUCUCCCACCAGACCACUCUUCACUCUGAAACAUUUAAAAACAUUAAGAUCGUGUUUUAAAACCACAGCCGUAAGGGAUACUUGCUAAGUAUUUUCUUAACUUUUGUACUGUUGAUUGUAUGCAUCUUGACUUCAGAAGAAAUGAGCACUUAAAAUUUGAAGUUAUUGCUGUGAAGGUCCUUAUGAGUUGGUGCCUAAAAGAUACCUAAUUCAGUUCAGAACCGCUUCUAUGUCCCUGUUUCUAUACUGUUCACUUGAUUCUAGGUGUAUUCUGAACACUUAUUUACUUCGUUGGGAACAUGUUUGGUGGCCAGGUGCAUGAUUGUUUUGUGUUCAUUCAGUAUGUUUUCAAGUGAUCUAUGCAUGAAGUUGCUCACAUCUCAGAUUUUUGGGGCUAACUUGGUGUUUUGCAUUCACAGGAGGAAGCAGUGUUUGAAGUCCAGAAGCCAGGGACUAAGCUGCAAUUUUUUUUCUUUUUCAAUAAAAUACUCAGUUGUACAAA